AUGCUUAAAACCACCACUCAUCAUGAACAAUCUUCUUCAUCGGAAAUGACCAUGAUGAACCAUCAACAUCAUUCACCAUCCUCGACAUCAACAAGUAAACAAUCCAUACUCGGAGAUCUUCCUGUAUUUAAUGCAAAGAAUUUUUCUAAACCUAAUCCAAGAUCUCAUCUCAAUCCUCCGAAAUUAAUAUACACACAUUCAAAACCAAAACAAAUUGUUACCACAGAUAGGACAUCUUUAUUACAACGACAUUUUGAAAAAUUACAUUUAUCAGCAAAUAAUAAUGGUGGUCAAUCAUCACCUAGUGUUGGCUCGAGUAGCAGUAGUGGACUUUCGAAAAGAAAUGCAACCGAUUCGAGCAUUUCAACAACACCCUAUGACAGACCAACGAAGACUCUUAAAUACAAUUGA